AUGCUGCUUUAUCAUUUAUCAAUAAUUUUAGCCUCAAUAAUUCAAGGUGCGAAUACCUUUCCCUUGCAGCCUAAUGGAAGGAAAAUUUCCAUUACAAUGAUUGAGCCCAAAAAUGGAUUUUUAAACGUUAUUGGAAUGCCCCGUGCUCUUCUUGAUACUGAUUUUGCAAAAUCUCAGUACUUUGCUUUUAAUGGGCUCAAGGGUAUUAAAUUCGAUAAUAUUUUCGAAAACGAGAAAAGGACCAGAAGGACAACUACAAAUAGCCAAAUUAACUUGGAAUUAAGUUAUAUUCAAGCAAAGGUUACAAACUUAGAUAAAAAGAGUGCUGAAUACCAAAUGGGAAAGGAACUGAAAGCUUAUUCCCUUCAAUUUGAUUAUGUGGUUUUAGCAACAGGCAGACAUAGAUCUCCUCCUAUGUCCCCAAAAUCUUUAGAUAUAAAAUCAUUUGUAAGUGAAGCUGGUGAAUUUAAACAGAAAGUUGAAAAAUCAGACAAGGUAUCGGUUAUUGGAGCUGGUGCCGUGGGAAUUGAGAUAGCUGCUGAAAUAAAACAUUCUUAUCCAGAAAAAACUGUGAAUUUGAUUCAUCCAUAUUCGCUGUUCCCGCCGGAACCACUUUCUGGGAAAUUCAAAGAAUAUGUUCAUUCUGCUUUGAAAGAUGCAGGAAUAAAUAUUUAUCUUGAAACUAGGGUUGAAAAAGAAUUAGCUAAUGGUAACUUAGUAACUGUUGAUGGCAAAAUUAUUGAAUCUCAAUUUAAUUAUUGGAGUAGCGGCAAAAAGAACAACAUAAGUAUGCUUUCUAAGGAAAUUCAAGAAAAAUAUGUUUCUGAAAAAGGAAAUUUGUUGACCAAUGAACAUCUACAGUUAUCUAAUGUUCAAGACACAGUUAAAAAUUUCUACUGCAUUGGAGAUAUAGUUGAAAUUCCUGUCAUCAAGACUGCUGGAUGGGCAGCUAAAAUGGGUAGGAUUUGUGCAUCUAACAUUUUUAGCUUAUUACUCAAUAAGGAAGCCAAUGAGACUUUACCUGAGAAGUUGCUCAAGUCCAAGAACAUGGUGCUUGUAUCUGGAAAUCGUGAUAUAGUUAGUGAAGCAAAUAGUCAAGUUGAAAUAAAUAACGUUCGUUUGGUCGAGCAAUACAAGGACUAUUGCUUGAGUAAAGCAAUGAUGAAGCUAAACCUAUAA